UUGCUUGAACUUGUGGUUAUAUUUGGGAUUAAAUGUAAUUUCUGUUUUACUUUUGAAUAUUUUAAAACACAGCUGUAAUUGAAGCGCAAGGGGAAACAGCGUUAGCUACCGCAACAAUGCAAAUCACGCUAAAAACACUGCAACAGCAGACCAUUCAAAUUGACAUAGACCCAGAUCAAACGGUGAAGGCACUGAAGGAGAAGAUAGAAGCAGAGAGGGGAAAAGAUAACUUCCCAGUGUCUGGACAGAAGCUCAUAUAUGCUGGCAAAAUCCUGCAAGAUGACACACCUAUUAAAGACUACAAAAUUGACGAGAAGAAUUUUGUUGUAGUUAUGGUAUCUAAGGCAAAGUCUACCACAGCUGCUUCAACACCUUCCUCAGAGGCACCCAA